AUGGAUCUUUUUAGCCGAGAUUGUAGCUUUCAAAAUCUCUUAAACAGCCAACACCCAAACACCUCCUUCUCCUUUGUGUCUACUCAAAUCCCUAGUGUAGAACUCUCUGCCUCGGAUGCCUCUGUCUUCGGUUCACAAUGGACUGAAGAUGGCAAUGAAGAGGCAGAGACUGUUUCUGACCGUAAAGAGAGGCGUAAAUGGUCUCCAACAGAGGAUGUUGUGCUCAUAAGUGCAUGGCUGAACACCUCCAAAGAUGCAGUAGUCGGGAAUGAGCAGAAAGCAAUAGCUUUUUGGAAACGCAUUGCUGGUUAUUUUGCUGCGAGUCCUAAGAUGGAUGGUUUGCAAAAGAGACAUCCAACGCACUGUAAACAGAGGUGGGGCAAGAUUAACGAGGGGGUUUGUAAGUUCGUUGGCUGUUAUGAAGCUGCAACGAAACAGAGAUCGAGUGGACAUAACGAGGAUGACGUUUUGAAGAUGGCUCACGAGAUUUACUACAAUAAUUACAAGGUGAAGUUCACCUUGGAGCACGCAUGGUUGGAGCUUCGCCAUGAUCAGAAGUGGUGUGGAACACAAACUACUAAAGAUAAAGUUGAAUCCAAGAGAAGGAAGUUAGACGACCUAUCGGCUCAGUCAUCAACCUCUGUUGCAGGAGAGGAUGAAGCAAUGGCUCGGCCAGAAGGUGUUAAAGCAGCAAAGGCGAAAGGAAAAAAGGCUGUUAGUAAGCCAGCGACUCUGGAAGAAGAAGGAAGGGAGUUCAAGAGUAUCUGGGAGACUAAACAGAAAGACUUUGCUUUGAAAGAUAAGCUUAACAAGCAGAAAUUGGUUGAUAGUCUAAUUGCCAAGACUGAGCCACUUUCGGAACUAGAAAUAGUUUUGAAAAAUAAGCUUAUAACCGACAUGUUGGCAAGCUAGUCUGAUGGUCUUUGUUUCUCUUUAGUAGCGCUUAAUGUUUCUUGAGUUUGUGGCGAGUUUGUGUAGUAUAAUAUGCCUUAGAAUGUAAAAUAUUUGAUGUUGUCUCCUCUGAUCACUCUUUCAUGUUGUCUUGUUCUAUAAAAUAUUUCCCUUAAUGUAAUGCUUAAUGUA